AUGGCAGCCGCAUUCGCAACCACAGCGCCUCAUCCAGAACACCCUCCCGACAUCAGCCAGCGCACAGGCAUGCCCGGCUCGCUCUCUCCCCAAACCGCCGUCUCGGCUGUCGCGCGACCCAGCCCUCCGCCGACCUACGUCCUUUCCUGGACGCCAAACGCACCGUGGCGACACAUUCCCCUCCCUCCAGCCAGCGCAUUCAUCGCCGGUGCUCUCGCAGGAGCCGCUUCUCGAACAGUCGUCUCGCCUCUCGAGCGACUAAAGAUCCUGCUACAGGUACAAGGCGCCUCUGCACAGUACAAAGGCGUAUGGCACGGUUUGACAAAGAUGUGGCGAGAAGAGGGGUUCAAGGGCUACAUGCGCGGCAACGGCAUUAACGUCCUGCGAAUAGCGCCCUACUCAGCCGUCCAGUUCUCCUCCUACGAGCUCUUCAAGUCAGCGCUACGAGGUGAAGACGGCUCGAUGGACACGCCUCGACGCCUGACAGCCGGCUCGCUCGCGGGUAUCUGUAGCGUCGUGAGCACGUACCCGCUGGAUUUGGUCAGGUCGAGGUUGUCGGUCGAGUCGGCGAGUUUGGGGAUGAAGGAGGGCAGGACGGAUGGGCGGAGUACCGGGAUCGUGCGGAUGACGCUGAAGGUGAUGCGGGAAGAAGGCGGCGUCAAGGCGUUGUAUCGAGGCUUGGUGCCCACAUCCGCAGGCGUUGCACCCUACGUCGCCUUCAACUUUGCCUCGUACGAGCUCCUCAAGAUCCAGCUCGUGGACCACAACUCGGAUCACCACGAGCCGGGCACGUUCGCCAAAUUGCUAUGUGGUGGAGUUGCGGGCGCGGUGUCGCAGACGCUCACCUACCCUGCGGACCUGCUACGACGGCGGAUGCAGAUGGUCGGACUGAAGAGUCAAGCAUUGGGCUACGAGUACACGGGCGCGUGGAAUGCCGUCUUCUCAAUCGUCAGGCAAGAUGGUAUCAAAGGACUGUACCGCGGACUCUGGCCCAACCUCCUCAAGUGCGCACCCUCGAUCGGCGUCUCCUUCGCCGUAUACGAAUGGAGCAAAGAGACGCUCGACGACUACUUCGACGACGACGAUCACGACGAGGCGGCGGACUCGUCCGAGGCAUAG